CCCAUACUCACAGCAGGAAGGACCUCAGAGACCCACCGCCGUGCCCACAGCUGUCAUUUUACAGGCAAAGGACUCAGCCACACUCCUGCAGCUGUGCCACACAGAGAGGGGCUCAAGCCCAGUGUCCCUGUGGACAGCCUCCUUGUAUGGCUCCCAUCUCUAGAUGGGCCUGGCGCUCCUGCUGCCCCCGGCCACGCUGGCCUCCCUGGCGGACAGCUGGCUCCGAGAGGACUGCCCAGGCUUCAACUACGCGGCCUGGGCCACAGGGGCAGCCCCCGCGCAGGCGGCGCUGUGGGCCAAGUCCCCGGGCGUCCUGGCUGGGCGGCCUUUCUUCGAUGCCAUCUUUGCCCAAGUCAACUGCCAGGUCUCCUGGCUCCUCCCUGAGGGCGCAGAGCUGGUGCCGGUGGCCAAGGUGGCCGAGGUCCGCGGCCCCGCGCACGGCCUCCUGCUGGGGGAGCGACCGGCCCUGAAUGCGCUGGCCCGCUGCAGCGGGGUGGCCAGCCAGGCGGCGGCGGCCGUGGCGGCCGCCAGGGGCGCGGGCUGGGCCGGGCAGGUGGCGGGCACGCGGAAGACCACGCCCGGCUUCCGGCUGGCGGAGAAGUAUGGGCUCCUCGUGGGCGGAGCUGCCUCUCACCGCUACGACCUGGGCGGCCUGGUGAUGGUGAAGGACAACCACGUGGUGGCGGCCGGCGGAGUGGGAAAGGCAGUGAGGCGGGCCCAGCAGGUGGCCAACUUUACCCUGAAGGUGGAGGUGGAGUGCAGCAGCCUGCGGGAGGCCCUGGAGGCGGCAGAGGCAGGAGCGGACCUUGUGUUGCUGGACAACUUCAGGCCGGAGGAGCUGCACCCCACGGCCAGAGCGCUGAAGGCCCGGUUCCCGCAUGUGGGUGUGGAGGCCAGCGGGGGCGUCACGCUGGGCAACCUGCCUCAGUUCUGCGGGCCGGACGUCGAUGUCAUCUCCUUGGGGAUGCUGACCCAGGCGGCCCCAGCCCUGGAUUUCUCCCUGAAGCUGUUUGCCGAGGGGACCACUCCAGUGCCCCAUGCCCGCCGCUCCUAACGCCGGAGAGGAGGGCACUGGCCACGGGAUAACAUGGUUUCUUGGGACUCUACCUCUGCUCGCCUCGGUUUCCUAAUCUGUAAAAUGGGUCUAAUAAAGGACCAACCUUAUACAUUU